GUCUGCGCAUUACGACCUCUCCGGGUUGCAUCAUUACACGUGAAGAAGGCGAUCCGUCUAUCUUGCUGAUUUGUCGCUGGAACUCCCACGAAUUCUGCAAAGAAAUCCAAGAUGUUGACUGCUGCGAGAAUGCUAAGCCGCAGCUAUGCCGGUGUCUCAUGUGACGUCGCCAGGAAGCAACAUUUUAGCACAAUCCUGAAAAACGUUGCAGCUCCAUUAGUCACUGUGCCACAAAGAUUGACUGAUUUACAACAGCAUCGGCACAAAUCCGAAGGUGUGAAAGGUGCAGUAAUUGGUAUUGACCUUGGAACCACAUUCUCAUGUGUAGCAUUGAUGGAGGGUAAACAAGCUAAAGUUAUAGAAAAUGCUGAAGGCUCUAGGACUACUCCAUCUUAUGUUGCUUUCUCAAAAGAAAAUGAACGUUUAGUUGGCAUGCCCGCGAAACGACAAGCAGUCACAAAUUCCGCCAAUACGUUUUACGCAACAAAACGGUUGAUUGGGCGCAGAUUCGAUGACCCUGAAGUAAAAAAAGAUAUGAAGAGUGUGUCGUAUAAAAUUGUGAAAGCAUCCAAUGGAGAUGCGUGGGUACAGGGUGCCGAUGGAAAAAUGUAUUCUCCUAGUCAGAUAGGAGCGUUUGUACUUAUGAAAAUGAAAGAAACGGCUGCAGCUUACUUAAACACUUCGGUAAAGAAUGCUGUUGUCACUGUACCGGCGUAUUUCAACGAUUCACAGCGACAAGCCACAAAAGAUGCUGGUCAAAUAGCUGGAUUAAACGUACUUCGUGUAAUUAAUGAGCCGACAGCAGCUGCACUUGCAUACGGCAUGGAUAAACAGGAAGAUAAGAUUAUUGCCGUUUAUGACUUGGGUGGAGGUACCUUUGAUAUCUCAAUUUUAGAAAUUCAGAAGGGUGUCUUUGAAGUGAAAUCCACGAAUGGCGAUACAUUUUUGGGCGGGGAAGAUUUCGACAAUACUUUAGUUAAUUACCUUGUAACAGAAUUCAGAAAAGAGCAAGGUAUCGACGUGACUAAAGACGCAAUGGCAAUGCAAAGAUUGAAAGAAGCAGCGGAGAAGGCUAAGAUCGAGCUGUCGAGCUCGCUUCAGACAGAUAUUAAUUUACCGUACCUUACUAUGGAUUCUAGUGGACCAAAGCAUUUAAAUCUGAAAUUGUCCAGAAGCAAAUUCGAAAGUCUCGUGAAUGAUCUGAUUAAGCGUACCAUUCAGCCCUGUCAGAAGGCGCUUUCUGACGCUGAAGUCUCGAAAUCCGACAUUGGGGAGGUUCUGUUGGUCGGCGGUAUGACCAGAGUUCCUAAAGUACAGCAAACUGUUCAAGAUAUAUUUGGUAGACAACCAUCGAAGGCUGUAAAUCCGGAUGAGGCUGUUGCUGUGGGCGCUGCGGUUCAAGGAGGUGUACUCGCAGGGGACGUGACGGACGUUCUGCUGCUCGAUGUUACGCCUUUGUCGUUAGGUAUUGAGACACUUGGCGGAGUGUUCACGAGAUUAAUCUCCCGUAAUACAACUAUACCUACGAAAAAGAGUCAGGUAUUCUCUACGGCGGCGGACGGCCAGACUCAAGUGGAGAUCAAAGUUCAUCAGGGCGAGCGAGAAAUGGCUGGCGAUAACAAACUGCUGGGUCAAUUCAGCCUUAUUGGUAUUCCACCUGCACCGAGGGGUGUACCGCAAAUAGAAGUAACGUUCGACAUUGAUGCAAACGGUAUAGUGCAUGUAUCGGCGAGGGAUAAGGGAACUGGCAAGGAGCAACAGAUUAUUAUACAAUCCAGCGGUGGCCUUAGCAAAGAUGAAAUUGAGAAUAUGGUUAAAAACGCGGAACAGUACGCCAAGGCGGAUAAAGUUAAGAAGGAAAGGGUUGAAGCUAUUAAUCAAGCAGAAGGAAUCAUACAUGAUACCGAGUCGAAGUUGGAAGAAUUCAAAGCGCAAGUACCACAAGAAGAGUGCGACAAGAUUAAAGAAUUAAUCGGGAAACUGCGAGAAACUUUGAGUAAGAAGGACGAUACGGAUCCCGAAGAAAUAAAGAAGCAAACGAACGAACUCCAACAAGCCAGCCUAAAACUGUUCGAGAUGGCGUACAAAAAGAUGGCUGCGGAAAGAGAAAGCAGUCAAAAUCAGUCCUCGCAACAGGAACCUCCUCAGGAACCUGAAAGCGAGAAGAAGGAAGAGAAAAAUUAAAUAUAAUUAGGUAAUUUGCGUUCUCUGUAAAAAUAAACACAAAUUCCAUGCACACACUUGUACAAGCAUCUGUUGCUGUAUCGCAAACUAUUUGUUUAAGUAAAACAAAAAAAAAGAAAACGCGAAAUUAAUUUUUGAUAUUUUGCAAGCGAUAGUAGAGCCGAUUGGAAGUCAGCUUGAAGAAACGAAGUAUUGCUUUUCCAAGAAACAACUCGAUUCGCGUAGAACUCUUGUUUCAAUAAAUAUAUACGCAUCAUGUAACAGCAAGAUUCUAUGCGAUUACAUAGCAUGGUUUUAAAAAUAAGAAUCUUGCGUUCUAAAUGUUACAUGAAAUUAAAUUUUAUUUUUUUGCAAAGUUACGUAAACAGUUAUCGUAGACACGCAGUCAAACUUUUGUUAAAAGCCUGGUAAUUUGUGUAUUUUAUAUUUAUGGCAAACAAUGGUCAACUAUAGUACCUUAAAAUAUUCAGUUGAAUGAUUUUUACCUACUGACAAAUUAUGUAUAUAGUUGAUCGCUUGCGUAAGAAGUAAUGCAAGUAUAGCAUAUACAUCAGGUGCAAAAAGAUACCGUUCUCAUUUACGACGAUGAUUAGCCAUGUAAAGUGAUUUGUACCAAAAACAAUACAGUAAUAGUUUGUUAACA